GGCAAGCAUCAGUUGAGUCCCACUCCUCCUUGCGCCAACACGUGUGGAAAUCCCGUGCCUCGGUUAUCUCUCUUUCACUCUCUCUCUCUCUCUCUCCUUCUCUCUCCUCUCUCUGUCUCUUUCUCUCUUUACUUUUCCCUCCCCUUAUCUCUCAGCUUGCCUCUCUUUCUCUACCUCUUCUUUGUUUUUUCGUUGCUAUUAUCUCAUGCCCUAUUUUCAGUUUUCAUUCAUACAUUCCUCUCUAUCUUUUCACUCUCUCACUCACUCUCAUAUCCUCGCUCUCUCCCGCUCUCUCACUCUGUCUCACCGCGCCUCCACGCACGCCGCGAGAUUGAAGCGUUGAGUGUUUGAGUCUAAACGAACGCUAAAAAUACACUAAAGAGAAAAAAAAACUUGGACUUAAACGAAAAAAAAAAAGGCGAAAGAAAAAAAGGAGGGAAAGAAGAAAAAUACAGACUUCAGUCGACGCACAAGACGAGGUAGAUAUAAACAGAGAGAGAGAGAAAGGAAGAAGAGAGAGAGAAAGAAAAUUAUUAUUAACAAAGGAGGAGUAAAGAGAAGAAAGUAAAGAAGGAAGUUUUAAACAGACAAACCCAGGGAAAUUGAAAGAAGAGAGAGGCAGGGAAAAAGAAAGGAAAAGGAAAGUAAUAGUAUGAAAAUAAAAAUUCCAUGGUGAUCGAAAGAAGUAAGAAAGAAUAGCAAUAAAGAAGAAGAGGAGAAAACAGAAAAUUAGGGAAGUGGAAAGGAGAGGAAAGGGAAAGAAAAAAAUGAAAGAUGUGACAAAAUGAAAAACGGAAAAGAAAAUGUAGGAAUCUGAGAAGGAGUGUGGAUGGGAAGGAAAUGAAGAAAGUCAACAGCAACAACAACAACAACAACAACAACAACAACAACAACAACAGCUGAUGUGUUUUCGGAUUGGCUUCAUAUUGUAUCUUCUCAGGCGGAAGGAGCUUCUGAGGAUGGCUUAAGACAGAGUUCUAUGUCACAACAAGAUGGGCGGGGCGACAGGUGGGCGCGGCAACAAGAGGACCAGCACGGGGACGACACGGUGACUGACGGGGUGCACCUUAUGCCUGAGGGGGAGAUGAAUGCCUUUCAGAAGACCAUCCCUGGCCUCAAGCGACACGACCCCAAGACCUCCACCAUACGCCAGCACUACUAUCCUGAAGGUGGAUGGGGUUGGUUGAUCUGCGCCUGCGUGUUCGUGGUCCACAUGCUUACCACGGGGAUGCAGUUCUCCUUCGGCGUCCUGUACACGGAUCUGCUGCGCCACAUUGAACACCAGCGCUCCAUGGAUGCUUGCUGGGUGGGGUCUAGCAGCCUGGCCGUGUCCCGCGUGACGGCGCCCUUAGUGGUGGCCCUGUGUCGCCGGAAGAGCACCAGACUCACGGCGGUCAUCGGGGGCCUGGUGAUGGCGCUGGCUGUCCUUUUCGCCUCCUUCGCGCUGCAUCUCCACCAGGUGUUCCUCAGCUACGGCCUGGUGCUCGGCGUGGGCGUGGGCAUGACGAGGGAAGCCGCCAACCUGAUGCUGGGGCAGUACUUCAGACGCAGGAGGGAGUUCGUGGAGAUUAUUGCUCAGUCUGGCUGUGGGAUUGGCGUCACGCUCUUCUCCGUUUUCUUCAAGGAGGCGAUCAGGUCGGUCGGGUGGCGUCUGGGACUGCAGGCCGUGACAGGCGUGGUCUUCUCCAGCUUCUUCCUGGGCAUCUUCUACAGGUCAGCCUCGCUCUACCACCCCCAGCGGCGCGCCAUCCUGCACAUCAAGAACCAGAAGAGAAAGCAAGUGAGGGACAAGUACAAGAUCGACUCUGAGAAGCCACCUUACUUUGACCUGACCUGCCUGAAGCUGAGGUCAGUCCAGAUCCUCAUCACUGCAGCAGCCGUCGCCUCCGUGGGCUUGUACACACCUUUGUUCUACCUCAUUCUGGAUGCGCAGACGGAGGGACUGGAGGACUCUGCGCUGAUCCUCCUGCAGACGUUCCUUGGGUUCGCCUACGCCCUGGGCUGCAUAGGGUUCGGUCUCAUCGUGGUGAAGCAGAGUGCGCAGUGCAUGAUUUCCCGCCAGUACCUGUGCCAAGCCUCUAUGUAUGGACUAGGGGUGACCAUGCUGGCGCUGACGGCGGUGCGCGGCUACUACGGCUACGUGCUCUUCAUGUGGCUGUACGGGCUGCUGCUGGGGGGCGCGCAUUACGCCUUCCAGAUGCUGACGCUGGAGAAGGUCCGCACCAGGCACUUCUCCAGGGCGUGGGGCUACAUCCAGGGCUCCACGGCACUCCCCAUACUGCUGGGGGUGCCCGUCACUGGUUACAUCAACGAGAGUAACCCGAAGAGCGGCUACUUCUUCGCCAGCAUCUUUCUGCUUGGCGGCGCCUCCUGCCUCUUCCUCCUCAACUACUUCCGGGAGCGUCUGUCCAAACACGACACCACGGUCUCCUUCACCACCGUGGACUCCCACCUCGCCCACGAUCCCUACGCGGUGCCCCUGGAGAACGGUGGCGGCGGAGCGGCUGCUACGGGAAGCGCUGGGGCCUCUGGGAGCAACAAGGCGCCGAUGGCUCCGCCGCCACAGCUCCCCAAGGCACCUGUGUGUACCUGCGGCGCCGACUCCAACGCGCCGCCGCCGCCGCCCGCCCUGCAGCUCCCAGGGCCUGGACAGGACCACGCCAAGGCCUCGGCGGCGCUGAACAAACUCGGCAAGACCAUCUCCUUCGCCACCUCGGUGGACGUGGUGGAGCCCAAGCUGCGGCCCGAGCUGCUCACCUGCAUCUCCGAGGAGGGGCUGCUCGAUCACUACUACGACUACGUGGUGGACUGCGUCAACUCCUGCCGCCACGACGACUUCUGCAGUGAGCGAGGCAGCGUGGACGGCGAGAGAGACGAAACCGACGACGAGGGUCUUGAACCCCGUCCUCGCCACCACCAGCACCAGCACCACCGCCCUCACGCCUCCCAGCACCCAAGGUUCCGCGUGCACCUCCCCCACGGCCGCCGCCUGGGGCAAGCCAGCGGCGUCAGCUUCAGCGAGCCUGAGGACCUGGCCAGGCUGGGCCAAGGUGGCUGCGGGAGCGGCCGACGACUGGCCCACUCCUCGCCCGCCCACCAUGCCCAUCAUGAAUACACUCCCCCGCCCCUGCCCGCCCCGCGGCCCCCAAUACUGCGCCGCCAGCCGCAGCCCGCCACCCGCCCGCGACGCAACAUCACCGUGAUAGAGGAGAUGACCACCUCCGUGUGACCCCCCCCGCCCCGGCGCUGCUGCUGCUGCUGCGGAUGCUCCCGCCACGGCCCCCCCUCAGCGUUGGCAGGUACCCACGUCCCCUUUGCCACGCAGAGACACGCCACAGAGUGACACGGGGACCGCUUGGGCACGCCGCCCCCUGCUGCAGUCCUGCCGCGCCGGUGAUGGGCGGAUCCUCUAGUGAAUUGUUCGUAAACCCUUAUAAGGGACUUAGGUUCAGAAAUACUCCUAAUGUAUUCAAAAGACAACAAUAUAUAUAUGAGACAUAAUAUAUAUAUAUAUAUAU